CACGGUCACACUGGUCAACAGCAAAAUGUAAACAAAACAGAAUGCGAAAAAUAUAAUGACAGCUUGAAUCAUUUGCUGACCAGGCCAUGAACUGGCAUAUGGCAGAGGUGCUGCCGGGCGUGUAUGUUGGCAGCUACCACGACUCCAAGGAUCAUGCGCAGCUGGAGAGGUUCCAGAUAUCGCACAUCGUCGCCAUACAUGACAGUCCCAGACGUCUCUUGCCGGACAAACACUACCUAUGUGUCAUGGCCUCGGACACGCCGGACCAGAACCUCUCCCAGUACUUCUCCGUCUGCAAUGAUUUUAUCCACGCCGCCCGGCUGCGAGAGGGCAACGUGCUCAUCCACUGCCUGGCGGGUAUGUCGCGCUCGGUGACUGUGGCCGUGGCCUACAUAAUGACGGCCACGCACCUCAACUGGAAGGAGGCGUUGAAGGUGGUGCGCGCGGGUCGCGCUGUAGCCAAUCCGAACACCGGUUUCCAGAACCAGCUGCUGGAGUUUGAGCAGUUUAAGCUGUCUGAGGAGCGGCGCCGGCUGAGGGAACGAUUCCCGUCCUUGGAGCAGCUGGACCGAAUUAAGGUCGCCACAGCACUGAAUAGCUACAAGGAGCAGCAGCAGAACAGGGCUAUUGGAACAUCCGAUAAGGUAGAGGUUCCGACCAACAUGGCCUACACCUUGCAGUUUGCGGCGGACAAACGGAAGCCAAAGCCUGUGUCGCUUGGUCAAACUCCUAAAAAACUGCACAAGGAAAGCUCCGAGAGCACAAGUUGCGGUGAGGAAAUAAUUCCCAAUGUGCAUUACCACAAAGCGGACGGCAGCAAGGGAUGCUUCUACAAUGAGUUCCUUUUCGGCAAAAACGAAGCGGCUGGCACAGAAGAACACUCCGGAUCAGGCGACAACAAUCUAGUCGCUGAUCGACUGAUAAAAGCGGCUGGCAGUAAAAAGACAUCUUAGACCUUUGGACUUUUACGAGUACUUUCUCCUGCAUGUUUAU